AUGCAUGUCAAGUUUUGCCCUUUAAUUUUUCCAGAAAGAGAAUUCAGAUCAUAGGGUUCGCUACUGAAUUCCCGAACGAUUUAUCUAACUUGACUUGACCUAUUUGAUUAGGUUUUGGAAUUAUCUUAAGAAAAUUUUGCUCAUAUAAUGGUGUAAUUUGAAAUCUGCUACUUGAUUUCUGUUGCAAUUAUAGUUCUUGAUCUGUUAAUUUAUUUUUUUUUGCUGAAUUGUCACGCUUCCUCAGUGUUUGGCACAGAUUUGAAUUUUUGUAUCUAACCUCUUUGGUGGUGAUGUAUUUGUGUAUGAUAUCAUUGAUAUAUACAUGCAUGGGUUUGUAAUUCUGUAUACGUAUGUACAUUUUGUGUUUCAGAGAUGCUUGUUAACCAAUUUCAGAAAUUAGCGUUUUCUCUGUUUCUUGGGCUAGGGCUUCAGGCAAUAUAUGGUCCUAGCCAAUUGAGUUUGCCUUUGAAUUGUUGAAAGCAUUGUGUGUGAAUAUUCACAUUGGAUGUUGUCUAAAAAGUAGUAAAUUUGGCAUUAACAUUCUUUCGUUGUUUGAGUUUCUAAGAAAAUGAAAAAGCUUUGUCCAACCAAGUCAAAUAAGCGAUUGAACAAAGUAAGGUGGAAUUUUCGUUUUCAAUUUCAAGUUAUACAUCUAUUCAUUCUGUGGAACCAAACAGUGUUCAAUCAGUUCCCAUUUAAAUUCUGGUAAAUAAAAUUUCUAAUAUUUCGAUAUUCCUCGCCAUUUUUUUAAAAAUAGAAGUCAUGGUUAGGGUAUUUAUUCAGCUGAGAGUAUGACAUUUUCCAGCAAUAUAGAAGUCUUGAUUAUCAGCUGGUGUAUGCAGGAAGCUAAAUUGGAAAAAUGAUAAUGUCUACUAUCUCAUUUAAUGAACAGAUUUUUCCUUGUGGGGGAGGGGGAUUUUGUCGGCACGUGCAUGUUUUAUAAAUUCAUAUAUGCACGUCUUAUAUUUCCUAAUACAGAGAUAUUCCUCACCAUUUAAAAAACAAAUAGGAGUCAUGGUUAGGGUGUUUCUUCAGCUGAGAUUAUGACAUUUUCCAGCAGUAUAGAAGUCUUGAUUACCAGCUGGUGUAUGCAGGUGGCUAAAUUGGAAAAUGAUAAUGUCUACCUUUUACAUUUAUACUCAUUGCAGAUUCACAAAACUCAUGGUCUUAUUUAAUGAACAGAUUUUUCCUUGUGGGGGUGGGGGAUUUUGUCGGCACGUGCAUGCUUUAUAAAUUCAUAUAUGCACAUUUUAUAUUUCCUAAUAUAUAUUCCUCAUCAUUUAAAAAAAAAAUAGAAGUCAUAGUUAGGGUGUUUCUUCAGCUGAGAGUAUGAAAAUUUCCAGCAAUAUAGGAGUCUUGAUUAUCAUCUGGUGCAUGCAGGAAGCUAAAUUGGAAAAAUGAUAAUGUCUACCCGUUACAUAUAUACUUAUUUCUGGUUCAUGAAACUUAUGAUCAUAUUUAAUGAAUAAUUUUUCCUUGUAGGGGAGGGGGGUUUCGUCAGCACGUGCACGAUUUAUAAAUACAUAUAUGCACAUUUUAUAAAUUCAUAUAUGCAUGAUAAAAGGGGUUUAAAAGUCAAAGAGAGCAUUAUUUGAGACCUUCAAAGCUGAAAAGGCAUGAGUCUUGUAUCCUUUUGAUGUCUAAUGCAUGCAAAUGGAGCCACAGGUCUCCUUGGACUGUGAGGCACGCCUCCAUCCUGAGAAUAUUUUGAUGAGGGAUGGAAAUGAUGGUGAAACCCCAUCCUCACAAGAUCAUGCUGUACCUCAGCAGCCAGUGAAAAAACAAACACGGCAAUGGGCUGCUUGGACACGUCAAGAGGAGGAAAGCUUCUUCACUGCAUUACGACAAGUUGGCAAGAACUUUGAGAAAAUCACUUGUCGUGUUCAAAGUAAAAACAAAGAUCAGGUCAGACAUUAUUACUAUCGUCUUGUUAGGAGAAUGAACAAGUUACUGGGUCCAGAACUAUGCCUUGAUGCUAAAAACUCCAAGGAUACUAAUGCUGCAAUGCUUCGAUGGUGGUCAUUACUGGAAAAGUAUAGCUGCAAAGCCUCGAAGCUUCACCUGAAGCCUCGAAGGUUUAAGAUAUUUAUAGAGAACUUGGAGCACCAACUCUUGAAAGACCGGAAGAAGAAUAUAAGAAAACGACCUUCUCAGGGGGAGAACUGUCCUCCUUCAGCUCCAACAAUCAUCUCGAAUCAGGGAAAAACGCACGGACAUGAUUCUCCUGCAGUUAAAGUAGUUCUUGUUGACAGCCAAAACAUUCAAAAAGUAGGACCUGGAAAAGGAUCUUCACUAAGGCGUAAUGUAAAUUUAAACGUAAAUCAUAGCAACUGCAAAGGAGACUCCUCUUCUGUGAGAGCAGUGAGACAACGGCGUAAAGCAGCUGGUACUGUCACCACAGCUGCAUAUAAAAGAUGGGAGAAGGCUGCAAUUGCUGGGGUUUCAUUAGUUGCUGAUGCUGCUGAGCAUUUGGAACGGACAGCCACUGAUAGAGAGCUUGAACAUGUCCAGAAUCCACUAGUUGAGGACCAGCUCUUGCCCAAUGGGCAAAAGGUUUUGGACCCUGUUGGAAAAGAUUUCCCCCCUAUGCCAACUUUUUCAAAGAAUCUGUUUAUGGAGAACAACACACAAACUUCCGUGAAACUCAAGCUUCAGUUGUUCCCAAUUGAUGAUGGUACUCGAAGAGCCUUGGAACAGGAUGAUCAUAAUCCACACCUGGAGCUCACUUUAAGUUCUCGGAAGAAGAUAUCUUCAGUUUUGGAACAUCUCAAUCGCAAAUGGGGAAAUUCUAGCAUAGCAUCAGGAGAACUAGUGAUCUUUCCUUACUGCGCCCAGAGGAAAAACCUUUUGGGUUAUCAGAGAUGGACUUUGGACUCUAUGCUUUGUGCGGCAGAUGUAUAUGCACUGAUUGGAAGCCCACCAGUUUUCCGCUUGAGGUAUGGUUGGUUUUCCCACAAUGAGCUUGGAUCCACAACACUUCAAGCACCUUUGGCAUCGCGUAGCAUUCUGGAAGAGUGUAUUAUGCACCCGAGUAAUACAAAGGAGCAGAUUGUGGAUUCAUUACCAGUAGCUUCUCCACCAAUUGCUGAUCAACAACCCGAGAAACAAAUGGAUGCUUAUAAAGAUAAAGAGGUCUCAGUGACAGAAAACGCUGAUGUUACCUCUUCCACAGAUUUGCCCGGUGAGAUGGUUGAGUGCACCGAUUCAGAUCCCAACAACAAACUGCUGGAGUCUUCUAAUUGUGCACCAACAAUAACAUUGCAUGGAAGGGAGAGUGGCACCAGAGCCAUCACGAGACGACGGGAAAUUAUGGAUGACGCGAGGUUACACAACAACAAUGCAUUUUCAGCGGUGGAGUGGGCUGAUAGCCUUACCAACAUAAGUGUCGGGGAUCUACUCUUGGAGGUGUCUCAUGAUAUGGAUUCCAACUGCAUUGAUCCUACCCUUCCUGGAAGUCCUCAAUGUCUUCCACAGAUUCCAUUCAGCUGUGAUUCAUUUGAUGCUGCAAUUGCUGCUCAUAUAUACAGAGAUCAAGACAAAACUGGAUUUCAGCCAGCUCUGGCAUCCGACAUGUCUUCUAUUUGGGAUGCUGAAGAAACAUGUGAUGCCUUCUCAUUUCAAAAGAUUACUGUUUUCAAUAAGGAGAUUCAAAGUGCAUCCCAGAUUGCUUUUCUGGAGGCCAACAAAGAGAUUGCGAGAAUUAGUUCAGAGAGAUCUGGCGGUGCCGUUGAGGAGUUCCUUGAUGUAGAGAGGCCUAUGGAUGAUAAUCCUGCUCAUGGAGAUCCUGUGGAUGUUGAUAACUCUCACGGAGAUCCUUUAGAUGAUGAUCUUGCUCAUGUGGACCUGAUGGAUGAGUGUCAGCCUGGUUCACAUACCUUCGAGAAUUCUUCAAAGGAUCUCAACGGGCUUACAGAUAUAUAUUGGCCCGACUCUUUAGGACCAUUAGAUUUGGAUUUGCCUGCAUGUAGAUACCAUAGUGAAGAUCUAAUUUUAAGUGAUAGCCUGAGUGGCAUGAACCGCCUGAUAGCCAGCAGUCUGGAUGCAUUUCAAAAUUGCUCGUUCUUCGGGUUGGACAAGAAAGAACCAGCAUCAACAGUAGAAGCUCGAGAAACUGUUUCAUUCUCAGAUUAUAAAAUUGGAAGCGAAGUUUGAUAUCACACCAAACCCCGAAACACAGCAUGUUUAGAUUUGUUGGGCAAGCAGAAGGUGAGAUGUCGCACAAACUUGUGGCUGGAAUUAUUUCCCCGUGUAGUUGAUUUUGAGGAAUUCUGUGAAAGGGCUUUGCAAGCCAUGAGAAAUCUGACAUUCCAUGGAAAAGUGUUUCCUGAUCAAAAAGUGGCAGAUCAAGAAGUGCUUCCUGUGUUGUACAAAAAGAAUAGAUGUUGAGAAACUUGCAACUGAUUUUUGUCUUUCGACUUUGAUAUAAAUGUUACAUUUCUGUAUAUUUUGCUCAUGAGCGGAACAAUGUACAUCCCCAAAAAUAUGGAAAUGAUCCAAUAACCAAUAUUCAGUUGCGAUGCACCUUUUCAGGAAAUUUGGCUUUUAA